GCGUGAAAUAACAAUAAAUGCUGUGAAUAUGUGCUGUGGGGGUUGUUGUUCCUGGGAAGGACAGAGGACUGUUGUCCAGCAACCCAGCGCGUUGUAUUUUUGUUAAUCUGAUUAAUAAACCUCAGUUUGAUUAGAAAUCGCCUUUCUCCAAUUUUUGGACAUGCAGGACAUAUUUUAAAGUCCAACACUGUCGAAAAAUUACCUUCGUUUUAAAGCCUAAAUAUAUAAACCUGAAGCCCUUGAUUUUUGAAUUUCGUUUCAUUGUGUCGUUACAUUGUGGGCGUGUGGAGAUGAAAUCGAAAGUGUGAAAGUGAAUCGCUGAAAGGAUCCAGAACAAACACAUCAUCGUGUCGUUCGAGGUCAAUAUGUCGAAAGGAUCUGCACUGAAGAUAAACACUGAUAAUGCUCGCAGGAUUGAAAACUAUCGUCAGUCACUUUAUAAACAGGCAGAAGAGCUUUUCUCCAACUAUAUUCCUCUGAAGAUCUCUCUGUUCGACAGUCUGCUCAAGGGGGAUGAAUUGAGCAUCUCUGACCUGCAGUCUCUUCAUGCACCCCUGGACAUCCCCAUCCCCGACCCCCCCGCUCCUGAAGAUGAGAUGGAGACAGAUAAGAAUGAAGAUGAUGAGAAAAAGAAGAAAGCUCCCAAGUGUGGUUUCAUCAAAGGGAACGAGAGGGUUGUGAAGCUGCUGGAUAUUGUGAAACCAGAGAUUGUUGCUCUGAAGGAGACCUGCAUCACUGUGUCGUGCUGGAUCUCUCAUCUGAUUCCCAAAAUAGAAGAUGGAAAUGACUUUGGAGUCGCAAUUCAAGAGAAAAUCCUUGAGAGAAUUACUGCUGUAAAGACAAAGCUGGAGACCUUUCAGACCAACAUUAACAAGUAUUUCUCUGAGAGGGGUGAUGCUGUGGCCAAAGCUUCCAAGGAAACUCAUGUGAUGGAUUAUCGUUCUCUAGUGCACGAGAAGGAUGAAGCGGUUUAUUCAGAGAUCCGUGUGAUCGUGCUUGAUUUACGUGGCUUUUAUGCUGAACUGUAUGAUGUCAUCAGUAAGAACCUGGAGAAGGUGGUGAACCCCAAAGGAGAAGAGAAGCCGUCCAUGUACUGAGACGCUCAAUGUGACACAACCAGACCCUUCAGCUUUCAAUAAUAUUUCUAUAUGUUUGACAAAAUCUUACAGGAACAGCCUCAAAUCUGUUAUUAAAACACUUCAAUAAAAAUGUUCACUGUU